AUGAGCAAGCGAGUUCGAAAGUCCGCCCAGCUCGGCGCUGGCGUCGACGACAUAGGUGCUGGUGACGAGUACCAACCCCGACCCAAGCGGCUGAAAGCGGCUUCAAUCCCCAAGAAGUCCAAGAAGCAGAAGGAGUCGCGUUUUCCGUUUCUCGAGUUACCUGGUGAGAUUCGGAAUAUGAUCUAUGAGCACGCCCUUACUGCGACCGACCGGCACAUUGACAUCCAUCGAGUCUUGGACGAUGAUACGAAGGCUCGAACCAAACCUGUGCGUCAAUCGAAGUAUUCGGGAAAGAGGAAGUACAAAGACAUUGUCCACCAGCUGCUGCGCGUCAACAGGCAAAUCCACGAUGAAGCGACGCCGAUUCUCUACAGCCAAAAUGCCUUCAACUUCUUCGAUGCACAAGGUCUUGCCAGCUUUCUCGGCCGUUAUUCACUGCAUGUACGCGAUCUUUCGCAUGUCGUUAUCUGCGAAAAUCUGCACUUUAAUCGCGGUACUGGUCAGUCCAUUGAGACAGCGUUCAGCUUGCUAGCAUUCGCCGAGAACCUGCAGAGCCUGAAGUUGGACUUGACGUGGUCUAAGAACGGCAAUGUGAAAGACGCCGCUCAAACGUUCUAUCACAUGGCCCGCAACUGGCUGCAGGCUGUCGGGCUGCGCAAAGGAGACAAGCGAGCUGGUAUGGACAUUCUUGUGUUCGAGGACUUUUGGAUGUGGCACGGUCUGAGCAUGCCCACGCCGCAGCGUGUCGCUAUGUUUCGAGACAGCCUCGAAGAGACUCUAAUGGGCUGA